AUGGACAACCUCAUCAAGCGCCCUCCUCCCCGUCCAUGGAAGAAAGGCCCGUCGCGCGGCAAAGGCGGCCCUCUCAACUCCUCCUGCGAAUACCGCGGCGUUCGCCAACGCACUUGGGGGAAAUGGGUCGCCGAAAUCCGCGAACCCAAGAAACGCACUCGCGUUUGGCUCGGCUCCUUCUCCACCGCCGAAGAAGCCGCCCUCGCCUACGACGACGCCGCUCGCCGUCUCUACGGCCCCGAAGCUUAUCUCAAUCUCCCCCAUCUCCGUUCUCUCCCCUGUUCUUCCUCUUCUGUUUCAACUUCCAAGCCUUUUUCCCGCCACCGCUUUCUCCGCUGGGUUCCAGUAACGGGCGGCGGCGCCGGCCGCCCGUUGCUUAAUCUCAGUGCCCAGCACAGCGUUCAUUCGAUACAUCAGAGGUUGGAGGAGAUUAAGAAGAGCAGCAGUAGUAGCACUGGCUCUGUUUCUAAGGUAGUUCAGUAUGAGGAGAGGCCGCAGAUUGAUUUGAAGGAGUUUUUAGAGCAGAUGGGAGUGAUUAAGCAGGAUGAUAAGGUGGUGGAAGGAAGAAGGGAGGAGGAGGAGGAGAAGGCGGAAGAGAGUAAUGGUGGGGAGCUGAUGAAUUGGGAUGAGUUGGAGGAGAUAAGAGCGUUUGAGGAACACGCGGCGGCGGUGGUCGGAGGUGGCGGUGGCGUUCAGUUGCCUGUUUAUCUCGACGUUGAUGAGGAGCUUAGUGGUCUGCCAAUUCCCAUAUGGGAUCUUUGA